AUGAUGUUCGAGCUUAAUGAGAGGACAACGUUAAGUAAAAUUAAUCUCAAAAAGAUCGAGUCCAAAAACUUAAAUAGUAGUAGCAGUAGUAACGACAAUAAUGCACAAAGAUCAGUUCUCUCUAUAACAUCCCCUACAAAACUAAAUAUAUUAGCUAGCUUAAAUCAUGAUAUGAAUAAAAAUCAUAAUAUUGAUUGGAAAAAGACAAACAAAUCUAGAGUUAGUAAACAGUCCAUAUCACUACCAAGGUCAAAGUCUUUAAAUUUGACACAAAAGAAUUUACUUGGAAAGUUAUAUAACUCAAGUAUUUCACCUUCAAAUUCGAAUAGUUCCUCCCCAAAGAAAUCCAUAUUUGAAAGACCUAAAUUGAACUUAAAUGGAGGUAGUGUUCCGCAAUUAUUGAAAAGAAAUUCUUCUUUUUUUAAAGAUGAUUCAAAAGUAUCCAUACCAUCAUUAACCUUAAAUAGAACUUCAAGUUUUUCUUAUUCUAACAAUACUAAUAGUUGCACAGCUAGCACAACAAAUCAUAAUCACGACAUUGAAGAUAUUUCUCCUAUUAGAACAGACAGAUUUAUUCCACUUUAUCAAACCAAUUCUCAAAUCAAAAUAGAUCCUCAAUCAUUACAUGAAGAAUUACCCCCGCCAACUGCAUCCCCGACUGAACAUCUUAGGGCACAAACUAAAGUAGUCUUCAAGGAAAAUGUUGCCCAAGCUUGUGGAUUAAAGGUAAAACAAAGAAUUUUAGAAUAUUUACCCCCACCACCUGUUGCAUCAUUUGAUAGACAGAGUUAUUUAAUGAAAAAAAGAACAGCAUAUAAUUUUUCCCAACCAGAAAAUGCACCUUGUGAAUUAAUCAAACUGAGAAAGAUUGAUACGAGUCCAGAGAGAAUUUUAGAUGCUCCUGGGUUUCGUGACGAUUUUUAUUUAAACCUAAUGUCAUGGUCAAGCAGCAAUGUACUGGCAUUAGCGCUAGAUACAGCUGUUUAUAUAUGGGAUGCAAAUACAAGUAAAGUCGAUUUACUAGUAGAUUAUAAGACAAUCAAAGUAGCAAGUGUUAUAUGGUCAGAUGAUGCUAUUCAUAUAUCGGUUGGGAAGGAUGAUGGUAAUACAGAGAUUUGGGAUACUGAUAGCAUGAAACUAAUUAGGACAAUGAGAUCUAAUUUAGGUGUUCGAAUCGGUUCACAAUCAUGGUUAGACGCACUAAUUGCUACUGGAUCUCGUACUGGUGAAAUUCAAAUAAAUGAUGUUAGAAUUAAAAAUCAUAUUGUUGCCACAUGGGAUGACCAUGAGGGAGAGGUCUGUGGUUUGUCGUAUAAGAGUGAUGGACUACAAUUAGCAUCUGGUGGCAAUGACAACACAGUAAGAAUUUGGGAUACCAGGACAUCUCAAGAGUUAUGGGUAAAAAGAUCCCAUAUGGCAGCAGUAAAAGCUAUAAGCUGGUGUCCAUAUAUGCCUAAUGUAUUAGCUACUGGUGGUGGUCAAAAUGAUCAACAUAUACACUUUUGGAAUACUAUGGUAGGUUCCAAACUAGGAUCAAUUAAUACAGGCUCACAAGUAAGUUCGUUGCACUGGGGGCAAAGUUAUCACAGUAAUCAUGGAACAAUGAAUCGUGAAAUUGUGGCCACCGGAGGAUCCCCGGAUAACGCAAUUAUAGUAUAUAAUUAUGAUACUAAGUUUAAAAUUGGUGAGAUUGUGAAAGCACAUGAUACAAGAAUAUCAUGUGCACAAUUGUCUCCGGAUGGAACUACAUUAGCAACUAUUGGUGGUGAUGAGAAUUUGAAAUUUUUUAAAAUCUUUGAGCCAAGAAAAAGAGUUGGCAGAAAUAAUAAGGGUAGUUUGGCUGUUGAUGAUAUUAAUUUACUCAGACCAUCUGUUACAGGUACAAAUGCAACAAGGGUACCUGAUUCAGGAGCAGACGGUGGAUUAGAUAGAAACAGUGACUCUUCUGGUAGAUCUAAUGCCCAUUCUUAUUUGAUUAGGUAA